AGCACUCAUGAGUUCCUGUGUUGAAAACAAUCAUAUGACAACCUGAGAAACUUGUUUAGCCUCCGGAAUGUCAGCUUCAGAAGUAAGAUGGACUGCCAUAGUCUUAACAACUUCUAUCAAGGAAUGGGCAUAUGCAUUUCAAAAAGAGCUGGAGCUAAGACAAGCAAAAGGAUACAUUCACAAAGAUGUAAUUUUGUUAACUGUGGAGGAUCCAAAAUCCAAUGUAGGGAGCGGAGGUGCCACGGUCAAUGCUCUUUUGACAAUCACAGAGUACAUUAGUGCCCAACAAGGCCAUUCAGUUAUUAGUGCAGAGGUUCUUGAGCAGUCAAAAAUCCUUAUAUUACACAGCGGUCGGCAGUAUCCAUAUGACCAGUGCGGAAGGGCUUUUGUGACUUUACCUGCCUCAUAUGUUACACCUGAAUAUGAUGGAUUGAUCUGCAAUAUAGACAUCCUUAUCAAAAAUAUCACUGAAAAGUUGGCUGUAAAGUCUGGACCAGGACUAUGGGUCAGCAGUACAGACAUGUUUCUCUCCCUUCCCAAGGAAUGUGACAUUCCCUGGAAGAACUGUGAUGCCUGUGCCAUUACUGUUCCUGCUUCACCACAGUACUGCAAACGCCACGGAGUCUAUAAAAUUGACAAAGAGGGCUUUAUUGAAAACAUUCUCUAUCAGAAAGAUGUAGGCAGCUUAGAGUGCUGUGAAAUUAAGGAUGGACAGGUUCCUGUCGUCUGUUCUGUGGUAUUCUUUAACUACGCGAUUGCUCAGAAGUUUCUGGCAUUCCAUGUCAAGCCGCCUCUGGAUGCGUGUACGUACAUGGGGUUGGACAGUGGAGAACUGCCAAUCCAGCUAUCUUUAUUCUUUGAUGUGAUGAUGCCAAUGGCUACAGGAGUGACUGAGGCCGAUUUUGUAGAUGGCAAGUGGAGCAGAGCUGGCUCAUCCGGUGAUUCAGAAACUCAAAGAAGGAUGAGGAAAGCAAGGUCAUUGCUAUGGAAAGAGCUUGGAGAAUACAAGAUAUGGGCAUGUUUAGUGGAAUCUGGACAAUUCCAUUAUCUAUCUGGGGAGGCCCAGGAUCACAAAAAAUUGAUACAGAUCUGUCCAUACAGUAAUAAUUUUCCAGAAAAGGCAUUUAAUUGGUCCAACAGAACACAUUCAUAUAUUGAGUCUAGCUGUGUAACAGAUGAAAACAAUACGACAAUCAUGAACAGUGCCCUCUAUGGGAAUGUUACCGUGGGAGACAAAUCUGUAGUCUCUUGUUGUAAGAUACGUGGCAGUGUCACCAUUGGAAAAGACUGCUAUGUAGCCGGCCUCAAAGUGGAGAACUUUAAGAAAAUGAUAUCUAUUGAUGAUUACAUGGUUGUGCAAUCCUUUAAUGUUCACCUACAGACUCUUGGGAUUACAAGAGAUAUUCUGACCAUUCAUGGUAGAUAUGACAAAAUUCAGGUUCCGCACUGGAAGAGCGCCAACACCUUCUGUAAUCUCCCUAUAGUGGUCUGGAUGACAAAGACAGGGAUAAUCAAGGAAGAUUUAUGGCACACAGAUGUUGAUAAUGAUGACCAGACCAUGUUUGAAGCGAAACUUUUCCCCAUUCUCCAUGCAACAGAUGCCAUUGGAUUAGAGGAUUUACUCUGGAUCCAAGGAAUUGUUCAAGACGAGGAUCAUGUCAUUCUCAAAAGGUGGCAGUCAUCCUGGAGAUUGAGCAUGAGAGAAAUCUUGUCUUUUGUGAACGCUGAACAAGAGCUUCAGUCCAGGAGGGAGAUGUUCUAUGAGGUGAAAAAGGAAGAAAUUACAACAGCUCUCAUCCAAAGGCUCCAUAAAGGUUUCCACCCAAUCUACAACAGUGCAGGCAUUGAUGGCUUCUCCCAUGCAAUUCUAGAAAAACUGGAUUCAGUGGCAAAAAGUAGCAAGGGUGACCCAGGUGUAGCUGCAAGGACUCUAGCAAAUAUUGCCGAUGUAUUGGGAUCCAAGGCCGGUCAAAAAGGGGGGUUAAGAAGUGGGCCAGCAGCCAACAAAGCAUGGGCAAAGGCAUUCAAUCUUCUGGAGAAUGGAGAGCUGGAGAGAGGUGUCAAUGCCCUGGCUAAGGAGCGGUCCAAAUGGUUAGAGCGGCCAGACUUGCUGGUGAGGGCUGCUAGACAUUAUGAGGGAGCAGCUCAAAUCCUUAUAAGGCAGGCUGUUAUGACAGCCAAAGAAUUUUUUAAGCCUGAGUCUUGUUCAAUGCCCUUUAUGAAUAAGUGGGUGACGGCUCAGUGCCCCGCCCGUAUAGAUGUCUCUGGGGGGUGGUCAGACACGCCACCCAUCACAUACGAGCAUGGUGGUGCCGUUACCAUGAUCGGGCUACAGAUCAGGGGAAAGCAUCCAGUUGGAGCUAAAGUAAAGAGAAUAGAUGAACCUAAGCUUGUGAUGGUGAUAUUAGGUAACGAUGGUGAGAACACAGAGGUCGUAUGUCGUGACCUCAGUGACCUUGAGGAUUACUACCAACCAUAUAGCCCAGGAGCACUGCUGAAAGCUUCUUUUAUCUGUGCGGACAUUGUGAGUCUAACCUCCCCUCGGUCUCUGAAGGAGCAGUUGAUGGAGGGUUAUGGUGGGGGGUUCGAGAUCCAUAGCUGGUCCGUUCUACCCCAGGGCUCAGGAAUGGGGACCAGCAGUAUCUUGGCAGGGGCUGUAAUGGCUGCUCUUCUGAGGGCUUCAGGGAAAACAUGUGACAAGAAAGGCCUGAUUCAUGCUGUGCUGUACCUGGAACAGCUGCUUACUACUGGGGGAGGGUGGCAGGACCAGGUGGGGGGACUUAUGGGGGGAAUCAAGAUCGGACUGUCUGAGGCCAAACUCCCCAUAGCUGUGGAGGCGGUGGAUCUGAAGGUGUCCGAUGAAGUUAUUCAGAUGGUCAACGAGAGGCUUUUACUGAUCUACACGGGAAAGACCAGACUGGCUCGCAAUCUCUUACAGGAGGUUGUCAGAAACUGGUAUGCUAGAAAUCCAAACAUUGUGGAGACUGAGAAUGCUCUUGUAAUACUGGCACAGGAGUGUGCCCAUGGCUUUAUUGAUGGCAACCUCCAAAAAGUUGGAUCAUGUUUGGACAAAUAUUGGGCAAUGAAGAAGAUACUAGCGCCAGGAUGUGAAACAGCCACCAUUGCUAAGCUAAUGGCGGCCUCAAGACCCUUCGCAUAUGGCAUGUGUAUGGCAGGAGCAGGGGGAGGGGGAUUUCUCUAUGUUUUAACAAAAGACGCAAAUCAUAAACACUUACUGAUGGACAUCCUAAAUACCGUGGAGGGUACAGAGGGGAAAGAGAUUUAUGAAUGCAGCAUAGAUACAGAAGGGUUGGUGCUAUCUGUGGAGGAUUGAAGGAGACCGUGUGGGGAAGAUGGGGGCCAAGAUCACAAGUUAGCUCAACCAGUGGAUUGACCUUUGCCUGAGAUAUGAAUAGCUGUGUGAUUUAAGGAGGCUGGAUGGUUAACAAAUGAACCAUCAGAUCUAGCUUUAAGUUUUUAGAUUGAGUUUUUAAUUAAGCUAUAAAAUUAUUCAGUAAAUAAAAAUUACUUAUAAUUUAGCCUUAAAAUUCGAAAUUUUCUUGUAUCUCUAUACAGAGCUCGACCUCUCCUCUAAAAGGUCAUUAUACCCUAAAUAUGACCUUGACCAUCUAGCCCUUUAAACUGAAGGACAUUUUAUCUCUUUUAUUUAAUAAGCUAUAAAGGAAUGGGAUUGAUUAGAAUUUUGACUGAGUUAUACAUGUAUAUGAAUAUGAUAUGAGCCAUAUUUAAUGCAAGUUUAAAGAAUAGAACGUUUGUGGAAAAUGUUUACAUUUGUAAAGUGUACUGCUGAUUAAAAAAGACAAAUAUCAAACAGCAAUGAUCUUUUUUUUAAUACACACAUUGAACUUUAUAAUCCAUAAUUGUCUUAUGACUAAUGUUGUUUAUAAUACGUAUAAUUAAUUACCAAAUGACAAAAAUGAAUACAUGUUCAUGUACAUGUACA